AUGCGCCGACCUACCAGGGCUUCCUGUAGUCAACAACCGCAGACAACAGACUUACUGAUGCAUCCUGACCACAUGUGGAGGAGGCUCUUUGUUGGUGGAGCAGCUGACGAACUCGAAAAACUGCAUGGAUUUCGCCCCGGCGGAUAUUAUCCUCUCCAUCUCCAAGAUGAGCUUCACAACGGCCAGUAUCGAAUCAUCCACAAGCUCGGCCAUGGCGGCCUUGCGACCGUAUGGCUCUGCGAGGACCGGCAUGCCGAAAUCCCCACUUAUGUGGCUAUCAAGAUUCAUGUCGCCAGGGAGGAAGCAGACCAAAAUGCCGAUCUCCUACUAGCAACUACCCUCAAAGAGAAGUGCUUAGACACGGCUGCCGCCGUCGGACGGAACUUUUGCCUUCCUCAAGAGCACUUUGUAAGCCAGAGCCCGAACGGACAGCACCUUUGUUUUGUCCUGCCUGUGCUCGGGCCGACGGUGCGGCAUGUAAGAGAAGUAUUCGGCUCUGGGGAAAGCUCGUCCAAGACCAUACAGGACAUUUCGCGACAGGUGGUAGAAGCUUUAGGGAUGUUGCACAGAAACGGUAUUUGCCACGGAGAUUUUCGGCCCUCCAAUAUUCUUUUAGGCUUAAAGAGCCUUGACGGCCUGAGCGUAAAUGAGGUGUUUGAAUGUCUUGAAGAGCCAGAAACGAUUAAUAUUCAUGUGCGCAAUGAUAACCACCUGCCUCCCAAAAUCCCCCACGCCCCCAAAUACCUCGUCUUUCCAGUCGAGUACAGAUAUGUCGAUUUUGAAUGCAUAUUCCCGGAGGCACAUAUCAUUGACUUCGGUCAAGCAUUCUAUACGUCAAAUCCACCCAGCAGCUAUGGCAUUCCAGUCAACUACGCAGCACCCGAGGUUUUCUUUGACAAGCGCGGCACUCUAGCUAUGGACAUGUGGUCUCUUGGCUGUACGCUGUACGAGAUGCGGGUAGGACAGCGGCUAUUUGACGUAUUCCAGUUGGUUGGCAUCCACAAACAGAACUAUGUGGAUGAGAUUGCCUCCCUCCUCGGGGAACCUCCUGAGCCGUGGGUAGAAUUCUUCGAACCGGACGACGAAGAUGACACAGACACUUCCCCAGCCCAUCCAUACACGCAAGAAAAACGCACUCAUUUGAUACAUGACAAACUUGUGAGCUGUCACGACUGUACUAAGCGGGACUGUGACCAUCCGCAAUUCCAGCACAUUUCAGAGCCCGAGGCUGCAGCUCUGGCCGAUCUUCUGGAGAAGUUACUGAGAUACCGGGCAGAAGAACGGCUUACAGUGCAACAGGUGUUGGGGCAUCCGUGGUUUAACACAAGCUACUAG